UCUUUCUCUCUCUCCAUCCUCGCAUCACCGAGCCGAAAGAAGAGCCGCAUCCCCCCCUGACUCCCUCCCUCCCUCCCUCCACCCCUCCUCAUCUCCUCGCCUGUCCUCUCGUCUCCAUCCACCCACCCACCGCUCCCUCCUCCAGCGCCAUGGAUGUAAAAGGUUGCAUCUGAACGGCGUCCGCUCGCUCAGCUCACCGAGUCUCAAGACGGGGGCCACAAUGAGCGCAGAGCCAGCGGCCACUCCCAGCUGGCUGAGCCCCGACCCCACGGCUUGGGCCAGCGGCGAACCCACGGACAACGCCAGCGUCCCGGCGGAGGAGUCCCUGGCGCCCCGCCAGCUACCCUUGCUGGUCAACCCGUGGGACGUCGUCCUGUGCACGUCGGGGACUCUCAUCGCCUGCGAAAACGCUCUGGUGGUCUUGGUGAUCUGGCAGAACCCGGCUCUGCGAGCGCCCAUGUUCCUGCUCAUCGGCAGUCUGGCUCUGGCGGACCUGCUGGCCGGCCUGGGCCUGGUACUGCACUUCACCUGCGCCUACCUGCUCCAGUCGGACUCGGCCCAGCUUCUGACCGUGGGCCUGGUGGUGGCCUCCUUCUCGGCGUCCGUCUUCAGCCUGCUGGCCAUCACCAUUGACCGCUACCUGUCUCUGUACUACGCCCUGACCUACAACUCGGAGCGUACGGCGGCCUUCACGUACACCAUGCUGGUCCUCCUGUGGGGGCUCUCGCUGUGCUUGGGUCUGCUCCCUGUCACGGGGGUCAACUGUCUGGCAGAGGAGGCCACGUGCAGCGUGGUACGCCCGCUGACCAAGAACAACGUGGCCGUGCUCUCCGUCUCCUUCCUGCUCCUGUUUGGCCUGAUGCUCCAGCUCUACGUGCAGAUCUGCAAGAUCGUGAUGAGACACGCUCACCAGAUCGCGCUGCAGCACCACUUCCUGGCCGCCUCGCCGCAUUACGUCACCACGCGGAAGGGCGUCUCCACGUUGGCUAUCAUCCUAGGGACCUUCGCCGCCUGCUGGAUGCCCUUCACCGUCUACUCGCUCAUCGCCGACUACACGUACCCACCGCUGUACACCUACGCCACGCUGGUGCCGGCCACAUACAACUCUGUCAUUAACCCGGUCAUCUACGCCUUCCGGAACCAGGAGAUCCAGAAGGCCUUGUGGUUGGUGUGCUGUGGCUGCGUUCCUGCCAGUGUCGCACAGCGGGCGCGGACUCCCAGCGAUGUCUGACCCAGUUGGAUCGAGCCUUUGGGUUUUAGAGAGAGAGUAGGGGGGGGGGGGGCGCCCCUCGGUUGGUUUUCACCGAGGGACGGAUUGACCCAGGUGGGAUUUGAGGAAGGGGCGGUUGGUUGGUUGGCAAAUGGAUGGUUUUGAGAGAGAUGGGUUGGACUUGAGAGAGGGUUAGGGUUUGUUUCACCUGGAUGGAUUUUCAGAGAGCGGGUCGAAGAGGAGAGCAUUUGGAGGCUGGCGCCCACAACCAGGGCCGGCAUGGGAGUUUCACAUCAUCACAUGAGGUGUUCUACCUCUGUCUUCCUCACGUGAGGCGACGGCCAUGUUGCAUGCUGCUCACCAUGUCAGCCUUGUCCGCCCUCUCCGGUGCCCCGCCCUUGCCCACUCCACUCCACUCCGCAGAUGGUGGCCAUCACAUGCUCCCGCACGGGGAGCGACGCGGCUUCGGCCGCCACGUGCUGGUCCUUCGGGAUUAUUGCUCGCUCAAAAAGCAGAUUAAAAAGCAGGCGGACGACGACAAGCACGCAGGCCUAUUUUUUAUUCCGCCUCCCCCCCCAGCAGCAAGUCUGAAGCAGCAUCCACCCCGGCCGCCUGCACUGAACGUGCGUGGCAAGCUAAAGAGGCGAGGCGCGGCAAGCUAAAAAUAGACCCCGGCUUCUCUUGGGGAAUUGAGGAGGCGUCGCUACGCUUCUUGUCUUUCAUUGGAUUCUUGUGUGAAUGUGUUGGACAUCAACCCCCCCCCCCCCCUAACCCAUUUGUGAUCCCACUGGGGGCUGCAGUGUCAACUCUAUCACCUCACUUGAUUUUGGAAUGUUGACGCAAGGUUGCAAUGCAGCCCUUGCAAGAUAAUGCCACCAUUUUGUCAUGAGGAUGUCAUUAAAACCAUGUGACUUCUCUCAUCCAAUCAACAAAAUGGGAUUACACAAACAUUAGAAUGACAAUAGGAUUGUAGGGCACUUCGAUUGAUCCAACCCGAUUAUGGGGCACUUAUUAUUUAUUUUGCAUAUUUAUGAUCUUGAUCAUCAUUUCAUUAUACUUCUCAUUGAUGUCUGGUGAAAAACGUCCCCGUUUAAUUCUAAACAAGGUAAUUAAUUUAUAAAUGCUGAAUUUGUCAUGCAUUUAGUCCAUUUAUAAAAAGAAAAAAUCUUUUUCAUGCCUUAUUCUUAUUUUUAAUGAAAUAACUCUUACUUCUAGAGUUCCUUAAAAUAGAGCACUUCAAUCAAGUUCUAUUUAAACUUAAUACAUAACCUCAUCAAUUUAUAUCAUUUUAUGCUCUUAUAGUCGACAUGGUGAUUUCCCAGUUUUACAAUAAGUGCUCCAUAAUCUUUUGAAAGAAAACAACUACUGUGCACACUCGAAUGGAGUCAUCUUCUAAAGGUGACGCAUCUGCAUUGAGGCCCUUCAAGAGCUCUUGAGUGUUUUUCUCAUGUUAUCAGCAAUAACUAACCUUUGGAACGGUAGUUAUUUUCAGAGUGGCGAAGCAAUACUCAGACAGCAAUAACAUCUACGCACCCUUACUGUGAUUUCUUCCCGCAGAGUGAACCAACGCCAAGAGAGGGAUAGAAUCAAAAGUGACAAAGGCUAAAGCUUCAUUUGUUGCUUUGUGAGCUCAUGUGAUGACCUAGCACAUUUAUUUUGGGGUGCAAAUGGAUGCCGUUUAAACUUCUUGUAACAAGGUAAAAGAAAAAUAUAGUACAUCUUGAUGGACGUCAUUAAUGUAUCAGCGCAUUGUUUUGUCGUCCUGAGCUGCCUGAGCUGAGUGUUGUAAGCUCCCACAAGUGUUGUUUGUCGUGCAUGGCCGCAUUUGGGCUCCUCGAGGAUUGUGUCGCCACAUAGAUGGGUGUUAACCAUUCGCGGAUGCUGCCAGUCUUCCUUAACCAUCUGGAGAGAAUUCCCACAAUGUUUUUUUUUUUAAUGCUACACCGCAUGCUGCCGCCACGUCAUCGGACUAAAAAGCGCCGCUACUUGAAGCCAAAGCAAAAGAGGAUGAGCGAUGAAAUCAGCGCAAGUCGGUCAAGUGACCUCUGAAUGAUCUUAUGAGCUAAAGAGGGCCACUUCCAAAUGAUCUCGCAAGACUUUUGGGACGUGGCCCCCUCCCGUCUAUGUUGACAUCACAAUGACGACAAAAAAAAAAAAAAAAGUCUAUUUUGUUAUAUUCAUUGAAAAGUUCUAUUUUUUUCGGCUUGAAUUCCUUAUGUUGUACGAUGAUAUCACGGCGCUGUAAAGCCUUUUUUUCUGAAUGUAGUGACACAAAUUGGGUUUUUUCUUGGGGUACAUUGUGUAAAUAAUAAUAAUAAUAAUAUGGCAUGCUUUCCGAAUGGGGGGACUUAACCACCGUGCAUGGUGCUACCAAAGCAGUCACUCUUAAUGGAAGGAGUUGGGUCGCACCACUUUUUUGUCCCUCCCCCCACCCCCGGAAAUGGUCAGAAAGUGUUCAAAAAGGGCUUUUGUAUCCGAGAAUAGCAAAAGACUGUCACACCUAUCCGUCACACAAACACAGUGAACAGAAUUGUAGCCAAUGAGGGGCUGGAAGUGGUUCGAGCUAACUAACCUGACACUCGAGGGGGGGCCUGUGAAUGUCUCUGGGGGUUAAUAGCAUUGUGUGGGUUUUUUUUUUAUGUGAAAUGCACUUUAUUGUUAUUUUCUCGGUGGGUGGGUUGGGGGAUCAAAAUGGCACAAUUGAAGUAUCUGCAAAAUGAGAAAUCAACAUGCACUAAUUUAACUGUUAAAAAACAAAAAACAACAAAAAAAAAACAUUUGUGUGAAGUCUGUGCUGUCUAUUUUU